CCAGGAUGAAUGAAUAUCGCCAUGGUGAAUUGUCUUUCACGCAAUGGACGGGUGGAUGGAUGAACGGACGAAUCAGAUCUGAUUCAAUGCACAAUGCGUCACGUGCAGACAACUCUCAUCUCUCCUGCAGUGAUAAGGUCACAUCUCAUGUCUGUCUGUCUGUCUGUCUGUCUGUCUAUGUGUUGUGUUGUCUCUUGUAGUCGAUGAAUGCCUCAAGGUUGUCGGCCACCUCCUCCACACGACACACACUCGACUCGUCAAAUGCCACUGACCUGCCCCGCACCUGCACGCAUCAAUGGCCAUGCAGAUCUGCUGAUGUGUGUGUGUGUGUGUGUGUGUGUGUGUGCUGACCGCUCUCUUGAGUGGCCCCUUGAGUUUGCCGAGGGUCUUGAGUGCAUCCGCGUCACGGAGCAGAUCGUUGCUGUCAUCCUCUGACCACACGCACACACACGCACCGAUGCAUGGCGAUUCGUGUGUGUGGAUGCCCCAGCACACUGACCAGCAAAGACGUCGAAGAGCGCAUCGAGGAGUUCAACGAGGACGAGUGUGGGCGUCUUGCUGUCGGCCGCACACUCCAACACAAUCCACAGAAACCGCUGAAUAAACGAACCAGUGGCCGACACACAGAGAUGAAUCUCCUUGGCGUGUGUAUCCGUCUGCUAUCCAUGCCUGUCUGAGUGCCCUGUUGGGGUGGGUGACGUUGGCCGCGUUGAGCAGAACGUUGACCACACCAAAACACGCAGACCCCUACACAACACAACACAGACGCACACAGAGAGAGAUACCCACACAGACAGCUAAAUAUUGCGUGAGACGAGACUGCCACACCAACCAAACCAGCUGACCUGCACUUGAGCGUUCUUCCACAUGGAGCUGACGUCUUCGCUGCUGCCGUCAUGGGACCGCUCUCUCGCCCUCGACACGAACGGCUCGCGCGGCGAUAUGAACCACUCGAACAAACGGUCCAGCAACUGACGCAACUCAUCGGCUUCGUGGGCGUCCAUCUGGGGCUGCUGUGGCUGUGGCUGGGCUUGUGUCGUCGGCAGGAGGGAGGUGGCCUUCUUGGCUGCGCGCAUCGUCAGCUGAUAGUGUGGAUGACAUUGACACACACAUGGCACUCACAUGGUGGCUGCAGGUUUGUGUUGUUCCAUGGGUACGUGUGUGGCGGCUUCCAUGAGAGCGAUGAUGGCCAUCUGCCCACACGGCGGCACUCGCACCCCCUCUGCCGUCUCGUCGGCCGCACUACUGCUGCACACACACACACACACGCACGCACACAUACGAUAUCGACACACACAUGGACGGUGUGUGUGCGGAUUCACCUGGCCGGCUGUGCCUCUGUGUCCGUCAUGUCUGUCUGGUUGUCUGCGGCAUCAGCAGGGGGAGCGCUGAAGUGGUGCGGUGCGGUGAGGUGGAUGAAGCGCAUGGCACCCGACAGACACCGGAGGGGCACAUCCACAAACCACGACAGUGAAGGGCCGGUGGUCCCUGCACCAAUCAGUGCCCCACACACACACACAUCCAUGUGAAUGGCGGACAACGCGGCGGGCUGUUACCCACCUCUGUCUGAUGCCGUGAGGGCAGCGGUGAGUUGCAGUGCGGUAGCGAGGGUCUCCAAACACACAGACAGCUCCUCCCACCAAUCCCUGCACAUGAGGCAUCCAUCCAUCCAUCCAUCAGCCAUUGAGUGCAUUCCGGUAGAUCUAUACGUGUGCUGCGUGCAGAUGGCCCGCAGCCAGGGGGCAUCCAGAGAGUCGCACCACCGCACACACGAACCACACAGCUGACGACAUGACACACACAGACACAUGAAGCGUGUAACAGUAUCUGUGUGCUGUUGGCCGACCUCCGUGACGACGUGUUGGUCCGACUCGAUGAACUGCGCCAUCUGCUGCGACAGGUCUGUGCUGUCGUUGCCUCCCUCCAUCGACACGUCGCCGUCAUGCUCACCCUCAGUCGGCUGGGCGUCUCCUGACAUUCGCACAGAGAGAGAGAGAGAGAUACGCCACCAGUUGUGUCUGCUGUCUGUUUCUGUGUGCGGAUGUUGCCCCCCUCCCUCACGGCUCACCAGAGAUGUUGACGAGUAUCUCGAGCGCCGUCUUGACUGCCUGCGCCUGCACUGCCCACUUGCCGCACUCCUACACACCAUAUCAUCGCAGACAGCCAGUGGUUUCCCCCUCUCUCUCCGUGUGUCUCUCUGUGUGAGUAUACCGUUUCCACUUCCUUGGUCCUUCCCUCCCUGGUGCCGUCCUGCAUCUUCUCCCCUUUGCGCAACACCAACCCCUCACCCUCACCACCACCACCACCACCAACCGCACCACCACCCACAGCUGCCUUAUCUCCUUUGCUGCCCUUGUCAGCAGGGGCUGCCGUGGCAGCACUCAGCAGGGGCUGCAGCAACACAAAGGGGUCGACAGACAGGGAACCAAACAGCAGCUGCAUCGUGGUGUUGCUGAGGGCAUGGGCGCCUGAGAGAUUGUAUAGGGCACCUGCAGACAGACAGGGAGAUGUGUGUGUGGAAUGUCUGAAUGAACCAAGGACAUCUCUACCUGUCAGCUGCACAGCGUGCAACAUGCUUGUGUCGGGCGUGGUCUGCUGCUGCUGCUGCAGCCGCACGAUGCACUCCUCGAUCGACCGAAUGCCCUCACUGCCGAUGGCCGAUGCCUAAUCGACACAUACACACACACACACACACACACAAGGGCAUCCCUCAACCCUCCCUCCCCCCUGGCUGCACCAGACAUGUCGACUCACCGCCUGUGGGUUGUCGUCAGUGACCACCAGCAGCAGGCCGGCCGCGGAGCCCAUCACGAGGGCCUCCACACAAUAGGAACCAUCACCUGCAAUCGACUCAGGGGGGAAGGAAGGGAGGGGCGUGCUUAUGUGUGAGUGGGUGCCUUGCUCAGCUCAGCACAGCUUACCAGUGGCCAGCUGUGUGACGUUCUUCAGCAGUUGCUGCCCGCCCUCAGCCGACGAUAUGCGGCUCGUCACCUCGGCGAACUGACGACUACAGCCAGCAAUCAGCAACCGACAUGGAGAGAGCCACAUCUUGCGUGUCGUCAGGUGUGUGUGGUUACCACAGGUGUCUGAGUGUGUUGAGUAUGUGGUCGAUGGCCAGUGAGUGCGCCGCCAUGGUGUCUGCCGCAACGACCACCACGCCAUCGUGCUUCACCUGACCCAAGCUCUGAUGAUCAACGGACGGAGAGAGAGUGAAAAUGAAUGGCAUUUGUCUGCCUGAUGUAGGGAACUCUCUCUGUGAAUGGCAGUGCACCUCAUUCAUGGCGUCGAUGAGGCUGUCAACGAUGUUGAAGUGCUCCACCAGCUGGCGUGUCACCUUUUCUGGCGCCCAUGACGUCACACCACGGAUCACCUGCACACACACACACACACACUCACACACACAGGUAUAACCACGGUUGCACUCCUGUCCGGUCCGCACCAAAAUAACGCAACGCACCUGCAGGGCGCCGAGGCGCACUUGUGUGUUGUCCUUGAGGAGCGGGAAGAGCAUGCCCAGUGCCGAUGUGUGAUUGAGGAAGUAGUGGGCGGCCGGCGAUGGGUCCGAGAGGAUGUUGCUGAGAGCGAUGCACGACAGCUCUCGCGUCCGCCAGUCGGUGCUGUUCAGCUGAUGGAACCACACAGACAGCCAUUAACAGCCAUCCAUCCACCUCUUGUGCUUGCUGUAUGGCCUUGCCUUUGUGACGAUGGUCUCGUCAAAACAGUCGUGCCCUUUGGUCAUGAUCUCCUGCAUGGCAUGCUGCUCGGCCGCCUCCCGCAGGUCCUGACCCGUGACCAUCGGCUGAUGGGCUCCCUUGCCGGCACGACGACGCUGCCGCUGCUGCUUACCCAUCAGAGAUCUCGCUCUACUGAUGGAUGAAUCGGGCAGACGACUGGC